AUGCUUAGCCUAGGAUGGCUCCAAGAGUUCACAACAGCUAAUGUGACACCGACUGGAUCGAUAGAUCGUCGGCAACAAAAUUGGUCAGUGCCGGCGUCUGGAUGGUUAAAAUGCAACUGUGAUGGUUCUUUUUUGGCUAAUACUCAUCAUGGAGGCAGUGGUGUUAUUUUGCGAAAUGAGCAUGGGAUAUUUCAAGCUGGUGCUAGCAGGGCUUAUGUGCAAUUGACUUCUCCUUUCCAUGCUGAGUUGAACGCUUUAUUGGAUGGAAUGAGGCUGGCUGAAUGCUUACACCAUGAUAGAGUAAUAUUUGAAACUGAUUGUUUGAUGCUCACGCAGGCCUUACAACAGCAAGAUGUUGACCUCUCAAGUUUGGGUGAUACUAUUGUAGAUGUGAAGGAGAUAAUGAGUAGGCAUGUUGAUUUCAGAGUUGCUCAUAUAUACUGUGAGGCUAACCGAGUAGCCCAUGUACUUGCGAACCAUGCUUUGCAUUCGAGUGAGAGUCAAAGUUGGUUUACUAUUGCUCCCCAUUUUAUAAAGGAUGUCAUCUGA